GUAUAUUUGUUAAUAAAGGUACUUCUUAUACAAUGCUUUAUCCUUGGAAGCAUUACUUUUUAUUCUGAUUGUAUUAUUAAUAAUAGUAUGCAGUGGUUUAAUUUAAUCAUACAAAUAUCAGCCGACAGAUGCAGCAGAUGUAAAGCAUAAUUAGUAAAAUAACAUUUUCAUAAAUAUGUUUCUGUUAGAAUUCAAGACUGAUCUACUCGUAUAACAUGGUCCAUUUGACGUUGGAAAAAUUGGUGAAAGUCUGUGACAAGAUGUCGUCUUGGGAACGAUUCGUUAUCUUUCUUGCUGAGUUAGCGGGUACUAGUACUUUUGUUCUUUUGGGAUGUUUAGGAUGUGUAAGUGGUAGUCCCGAAAUCAUAACUUUUGGUUUUGGAUUUGCCAUUAUGAUCUGUGUACAGGUAUUUGGUCAUAUCUCUGGAGCACAUGUCAAUCCUGCUGUGACUGUCGCUGCUGCUAUUUUUGGUAAUAUUUCGUUAAUUAAUGUACCAAUUUAUAUUGUUGCUCAAAUAUUUGGUGCAAUAUGUGGAUUUGAACUUCUUAAAAUCUUAGUAAAAAAUCAUGAAAAUGACGUGCCAAAUUUGUGUUCACCAAAUCCAAACCCCAACCUGAAUUCUGUUCAAAUAUUUUUGUCAGAAUUUUUACUUACUUUAGUUUUGAUAUGGGUUUGUUGCGGUAUUUGGGACUCACGAAAUAAAAACAGAAGUGAUUCUAUUCCUUUACGGUUGGGCCUUGCUGUGACUGGACUGGCCAUGGCUGGAAUAACACUUAGCGGUGCUCAUAUGAAUCCCGCCAGAAGUUUUGGACCAGCGUUACUGAAUAAUGGUACUUGGGAUUAUCAAUGGGCAUACUGGGCUGGACCACUUUUUGCAGGAGUUAUUGGACCGUUGAUUUACAAAAUCGUAUUUCUACAGAUUAAGGAAGAUGCUAAAGGAUGUUCAGAAGAUAAUCCUUAAGUUAUAAGCAUAAAGUUAUCUUCUUCAUUAAAAACAAAAAAAUUGACAAACCUCUCCUAAACAACCAAAUCCAAGAUAAUGCAGUGUUGAAUUAUUUAUAGUCAUGUAGAAAAUAUUAUAUCAUAGGCUUAAGUAUGAAAAUAAAAAUAUAUUUAUAACCUA